UUGUUGGUUUGCUAUUACAUAAUUUGCGCUGGGCGGUACGCCGUGUGUUCGAUAAUUCUGGACACUGUAUCUUAAUUUCUUACGCUGAUUAAUAAUUUUAUUCGUAAUCGAGCCGGACUGGCGUGUGGGAUAACGAUAAUGUCGAUAAGCGCCACGCCAUAAUUUGACAGCAGAAUGACGUAUCGAGAAGCGCCGCAUUUGAAUCGUCGCUUGUCCGUCGUUUGAGAAGAUCGACGAUCGAUCGAGACACUGUCACUUGGAUGGGCAACUCUAACGCCAAGAAGAGCAAUCAUAAUCAACAGAAGUAUGAUAGUCAGUACAGCCUCAGUGAUUUGCUCGGUGGAAGCUGCGUCAACAAUGUAAUAGCACAGGCUUCCAACGAGGAGGGGAGAUCAUGGUCCCGUGCUUCUUACAGAAGUUGGACCAGAAGCGCUGCGCAGGAUAUUCAUGGAUCUUCCAAGACAGUAUGGCCAGUUUCACGUUCCCAGUCGAUAUUUCUGCCAGAAUUCCCAGUUAAAGAAUUAUCUUUAAAAACGGGAUAUGCCUUCUUAGAUAUAAUAGCUAAGGGUGCUUAUGGACAAGUAUAUAAAGUGCAAAAACAAGAAACUGGUCAGGUUUUUGCACUGAAGGUGAUCAGUAAGGCCAUGAUCGUGGCAGAAAAUUGUGUCAGACAAGCUAAGCAGGAGGCAGCUAUACUGAGAAUGGUUGGACAUCAUCCUUUCAUAGUAAAUUCUGUCCACAGAUGGCAAGGCAGGAAGACAUUGUAUAUACUGAUGAAUUAUAUCUCUGGGGGAGAAUUAUUUUCACUAGUCAACGAGUACGGCUGUUUGCCUGAGAAAGUAGUUAGGAUAUAUGUGGCAGAAAUUGCCUUAGCUAUAGAUUUUCUACAUAAUGCUGGUGUAGUACAUAGAGAUCUGAAAACAACCAAUAUUCUACUCGAUGAAUACGGCCAUGCUGUAAUUAUCGACUUUGGUUUGGCCAAAUGGUUGCAUCGCACAGAACGAACAAACACAUUCUGUGGAACGCCCCAAUAUAUGGCACCUGAAAUCCUGAAAAAGGAAUAUUAUGGGCAGGAGGUCGAUUGGUGGUCUCUGGGUGUGUUAGCCUGUGUUUUACUCACAAAUGAGUAUCCAUCCAUGUUGUCGUCAGACCUUUUGCCUGCCGACAGAAUCGCCCGGGAUGAUCUGAAUUGCGCGAAUGUACCAGGAAUUUUACCGGCGAAUGCGAAUAUUUCACCAGCAGCGAGAGAUCUUUUGAAACGUCUCUUACAACCUGAGCCUCGUUUGAGACUCCGAACUCUUCUCGGCCUUCAGAGGAUCGCUUUUUACAUGGGCUAUGAUAUCCAAAGUUAUAUGCUGAAAAAGGAAUCACCAUUCCGGAUUUUAGGAAUAAAAAAUCGACAAGAAACAGCAACAAAGAGUGCGUCAUUUCGAUCAAAAAUUUUCAAUUUUUGAAUCUUUUCCUGGCGAUAAUACUACGCGAACGAGUCAUCAAUGAUCUCAUAUAUAUAUAUAUGUAAUGUGUACUGUUUUCUAAAUCUACACGCACACACUUUGAGACGAAAAGUGCGCAAACAGAAUUAUUUUUUAUAUGCACGAAUAAUUUUUUACAUAAAGAAGUGAUUGAACAUUUAAAAUGACAUAUUCAAAUUUUAUAAUCCAUAUAAUGAAUCUCAUUGUAGGAUAGAAUUUUUCACAGACAAGAGAAUUUAUAAAUAAAAUUCAAUUUAGUACAU